UAGAGAAAGUAAUAAAAUGGGCCUGUUGAGAACCGUGAUAAUUAUUUUGGCCCUUAUUGCCUUGUGUCAGGCGCAACAUGUUAAGAAAUACAAGAAGAAGCAUCACCACCAUGGAUUACAUCACCUCCACUUCUUGUCCUACCUAACAUUCCUGGCGGUUAAACUGAAAAUUGUGUUCUUUUUGGGGACAAUAUUCACUAUAAGCCUGGUGGCCGCCAAAAUUAUCGGUAUUAUCAAAUUGACCGAAUACAUGAAACAUCAACACCAUCUCCACGAAGAGAAAAUCGUGUACUCAAACCCUUAUGAACACCAUCACGAUUUUGGGGGUUACCCCGGGCCUUCGGAUUAUAUUAGCAGUAAAGCCUAUGGAUCUUACCCCCCAGAUUUUUCAGCUGAUCAUCCCCCAGUAGACUACCACGAUACAGAGCCGUACGGAGGAGGUCCUGCCCCUAGUUCAGGCAGGAGCAGUACCGGGUUUUAUGGAGAAUUCAUGGGCAUUGCAAAGCGACUCAGACAGAUGAACAUCACUGAUAUGGCUUUUAAAGAGAUGGGCAUUCCGGAGGAGGAAUGCAGAAGGAAGUUCGUCUGCAAGGCGGAUUUAAAUGCGGCUAAAGAUGUCGUGCUUCGCAUCGGAUUCGAUAUACUCAGGGAUGAUUCUUAUGGAAAAUAUAAAGCGCAAGCUCCGGUAAGGUCUGAAGACGACUGUAAUUCCUUGUAUCCUAAGUGUGCCACUUAAAAGACUGCUUUUGUUAUGUUAUUUAUAAAUUAUUUAUUUAUUUUAGUAAAUAAAAAAUUGUGUCCUAA